AUGGUGUUGUCAUUAUGGAAGAGGAGAAGAUCAGGGAAGAAGCAGAAUGUACAAGACGACGAUAAUAAAAAUGGCGGCAGGGAGCUGAAGAUUCCGUCCAAUUUUGUGUGUCCGAUCUCGCUGGACCUUAUGAAGGAUCCGGUGAUGUUGUCGACGGGGAUCACGUACGAUCGGGACAGCAUCGAGGCGUGGAUAGAGGCCGGGAACCGAACCUGCCCUCUCACCAAGCAAGCCCUGCUCGCCGGUUCGGACCCGGUUCCGAAUCACGCCAUACGGCAGAUGAUUCAGGACUGGUGCGUCGAGAAUGCCGAUUCCGGCGUUGAAAGAAUCGCCACGCCUAAAGCGCCGAUUGCCUCACGAGAUGUGGUGGAGAUUCUAGCGAAGAUCGAAGCCGCCGGAGAUGAAUUAAACGGAGAAAUGUGCAGGGGAUUGGUGGUGAAACUCAGAACGGCAAUGGAGGAGAGCAAGAGGAAUAAGAAACGUAUCAUUGCUAAUAGCGCUGGUAAAGUCCUUUUGGAUAUCUUUAGCUCCUUCUCUAAGGACAAUAAUUUCCUAGACCACGGUUCAGUUUUGGACGAAAUCUUGACAACAUUGGCAAUGAUUUUGCCGCUCGACGCUGAAUCUCGGUCGAGAUCAGCAAACAUCUUAACCGAUUCCUCACUCCUCUGCCUAGCAUGCUUCAUGAACAACGGCAAUCUGCCGAGCCGAACCAACGCAGUUUUGGUCCUCAAAGAGCUCCUAGCAGCCAAAGACCAAACAAAAUCCGAAGAAAUCGGAUUCAUUCUGGAACCGUUAGUCAAUCUGGUGAAAGAGCCAAUUUGUCCGGCGGCCACCAAGGCAGCGCUACUAUCAAUCUACUAUCUAAUCUCCAAAUCCUCCACUCCCGAGAAAUCCGCCGCCGCCGUAUCCUCGCUCGGAAUCAUACCAACAAUAACCGAAAAACUCGUGGAUUGCGAUCGGAGCGUGUGCGAGAAGGCGCUGGCGGUUUUGGACGGGGUCUGCAUCUCCGCCACGGGGAGAGAAACGGCCACCAAUCACGCGCUAACCGUACCGGUUUUGGUCAAGAAACUGCACCGAGUUUCCGAGCUGUCAACGGAAUUCUCAGUCUCGGUUCUAUGGAAACUUAGCAAGUACGAUGAAAAGGUGGUCGUUGAGGCUCUGCGAGUGGGGGCGUUUCAGAAGCUUUUGCUGCUCUUACAAGUCGGGUGUAGCGAAACCACGAAGGAGAAGGCGGGCGAGCUGUUGAAGAUGAUGAAUGUGCACAAGGAUAACGCAGAGUGUAUCGAGUCAGGGGAUUUCAGAAAUCUUAAACGGACAUUUUGA